AUGGCGGCCGCAGCCCUAAAGGGAACGAUGCCGUCACGGGAUCAACCAGCGUCCGCGUUGUCGCCUUCAGGACCAGCUGCUGCCGAUCCACUCCUCAAGCAAGUGGUCGUCUGUGGCCUAGCUGCGUCCAAGAGCAAGCGUGGCAGAGGAACAUACGAGCUUGUUCGCAUUCUCUUCGACCCGGCAGCUUCCAGCAAUCUGUGUAGUGUGGAGUUGGACAAGAAGUUGCGUAACGACCGGCGCAGCGGCCGUUCCUCUAACAUAGUGGUGGAUCUCAAUGGUUAUGUCAGCACAGUUCAGUGUCGCGUAGCCAAAAUCCAGUACGACCUUAUUAUUGGGACGGAUUGGAGGCAGGAGAAUGGCCUGACUGCUAGCCGCAUUACUCGCACUCUUACCGUCGGCGGCUCUACUAUGCUACGCUACGAGGCCGAAGGACUUCGCACACCCGACAACAUCUGGCCAUUGCAAGUGGCUUUCGUGCUUGCUCCGCUUCACAAGCGCGGCAAGGCUGGCUGUACAACCGCUCUGCGCGACGACGCCUUCGCACUGAAAAUCGCCCUUUUACUUGCCCCGCUCCGCAUCAAGACCGAUCGUACAAGCUGCAGGCUAUGGAGCAGUAGGGCCGGUAUCAAGCAACAUGCUCCCAAGACGGGUGAGAAGCGUCCUGCCGGGGAACCGCCAUCGUCGUCUCGGGCUCCUCAGAGGGCUCGGAAAGCAGAAGGGCCUAUGGACAAAGGGAAGGGGAAGAGUGUUUCAGGAGGGGCUGGCGAGCCGGGCGAUGACGGUUCGGAUGACGAUGACGAUGAUGACGAGAAUGAUCCUGGGAAGAAGAAGCCGCCGGGGAAUGGACCCGAGAAGGUGAAGAAGAAGGGUAGGCAGGGUGUACAGCGACCGACAGCCCCCGUAGGUGAUAGGGGUAUGGGGUCUACUGCGCCAAGGACAGAGGCCGACGAAGAAGUCGCCAAGCUCGUUUCACUGCUACUGCAGUCGACAGAUCCGCAUCUCAAAAACACUCGGCGCAUUGCGAAGCUGAUGGAUGGUUUAACACUCCGCGACACCACAACGCCGAUGCCUCCGCCAGCGACCCCUUCGCGUACUCCUCAGCAGUCGAGAGCACCGGCGCAGCCUUCUCAUCCGACCGUCGCUGUACCAUCCGCUCUCCCAUACACCAGUCCUGCGCCAUCAGGUCAACCUCUUGCUGCUCCUACACCAACCCAGCCUUCUUCCGCCGGUCCUACAAUGGCCCAACAACCCUUCUCCGAUCCUGCGAUAACACAACCUUCCUCUGCAGUCGUUGAUUCGUCAGCCCAGGUACAAUUUCGAGCGAAGGUGUUCAACGCACAGCCGGUACCUGGACGGAAUGUGCAGCUUGCGCAGGUCUCGCACUUCAAGUCAAGCUGGAUGCUGGAGUUUGCGGACAUAGGUACUACAAAAGUGUUCUUUAGCGAAUCGGCAUCACAGCAAGGUUCGGCAGGACAGCCGAUGUCCCAUCCACAACAGGGCAUCGCCUCCGUUGGCUUCACCUCCAGCCGCCACCCCAUUCCGUUCUCCGUUCUAUCUCAGAAUACACCUACAACCACAGUUCGCGACGUUGCAGGUCGCAUUGCCACAUGCUUCAACAACUGGCCCUGGGAGCUGGACUAUGGCAAGUCCGACGCGCGGAAAGUUGUCAACUUAUGGAUCAGUCGCGCUCUCAUGGAAGUUGUAAAACGCGAUUCAGAGGCGGUUGAAUGCAAGCUCAACGCAGCUGGAACAGCAUUUUCAACCGAUAUCCACUACGUUGAUAAAGCGACCGGCAAGCUGGACAGUGUGACAGCGAUUGCAUCGAUUGUCGGUUACGAAACGGACCAGAUCGAAGUUCCGAAACCACCGUCGCGGCAAGGCACCAGGCAGGCCGUCGAGCAAGCGGGUAUGCAGGCCCCAAUGAACGAGCGGGAGGCUCGGAAAGCGCAGAAGGCUAAAGAUGUGCUGAGAUGGCUGGCGUUCAACUUUUCUGGAAUGUUUGGCACCCGCGCUCGUGUGGAAGAGUUGAUUCGCACGUACAAAUCGAAGCUGCAGGUGUCUCAAGGCCAAAAGGAGCUUCAAAGGCUCAUAGCGAAGCAGCAGGAGGCGCAGAGAGGUGACAAAGCAUCAACGAAGACCAGCUCUGGUGGAAGCCACCGCGCAAAGACGGCUGGCUCUGGUAUUACUCGUCGUGGGACUACCAAGAAUCCACACAAAGCUGGGAACUCUAAGCUCUUCAACUUGGGCAGGUGGAAAGGGGGUGGCACGGUCAAUGCAGUGAGAGCGCCGUCAGCUGUCCUCAAGACUCUUGGAUUGAAGACUCUCAACCUCUACAUUUACUCCAUCAACGCUGCGAGGGUGACUCCAGUGCUCGACACCCUGAUGCAGUUCUACCACAGCGGGGCAGACGUUCGGCGAGUGUGGAUUGAAGGCGCCAGGAUUGCGGACGAGGUCAAUCUUGCAAUCAGCGCAGGGAUCCCUCCCAGCUCACAAUGCGAUUGCGACAACACUGCUGCCAUCUCCGAGAUGCAUCCAUGCGAAGGGUGUGCGGAGGAAACGCUGUGCUUCAAGCGCGAGUUCGACUGGGCCGGCCGUCUGGUGUGUCCGGCGUGCUACGACCGUAGCAAAACAGUGGCAACGCGUCGCAAGAUGACAGAUCCAAGACUUGUCCAUUGCAGGGUGGCAGAGUCACUCCUCUUGAGCUUCCGCAACGAGUGUCGAACGCGCGGCAUCGACUGGGCCUCCCCUGAGAGUGAAGCCAUACUCACAAAGGCGACCGAUGAUGCGAGAAGUCAGUUGGACAAGGAUAGCAUCACAGAGUACGUGGACCAGUACACCAUGCUUUCUCACGAUAUGGGAGCGGCGAGGGCACCGAUCGGCAACAAUCCAUCCCGUCGUCGAUACGUGCCAGACCAACUCACUGUUGACGCUGUCUUCCCUGAAGGAGACGAGGAGAAUCACGGCUUGAAGCACUCAGCGGGCAAUGUCGAGAUUACAUCUGUGACAUGCAACCAGGCAAAAUGGAUCCAUCUUCCUGGUGUGUUGCACGUCAUCGGAGAGUAUCUACGAUCUUCUCGCGAUUCCACCGCAAGGAAGAAGCUGCUUAAGGCCCUCAUGUCGCUCACGCAAGCAAGGCUGAAGCACAAGUACCUCCGCGGGGAUUCUGAACGCACGAGAUUUCGCAAGUGUAUGGCUGAGAUGAUGCGAGGCGAGACUGUGCCGGGUGUGCAUGGACCUUGGGAGGCUCACAGCCAAACCUUCACGGCUCACCGCGCACCAGCACUUUUCGACAAGGAUACAGACAACAAUCUUUGGGGCGAAGAAACGUACAGCCGCAUCCAGAAGUGUGUUUCAAGUACUGCAACGUUCUUCGGGGUGGAAGACAAGCUGUUCAGGUUGCGCGAUGACACACUAUGGUUUGGAGACCAGCACAGCAACCCGGACCGGCUUGACCGUAACGGUCUAUUCACUCUCUUCCGCGAGCGCAUUGCAAGGAUGCGCCUGGAAUGCAACAGGAAGUGGGUGACCAAGGACGACGAGGAGACGCUCUGCAACGAGACCAUGUUCCAGAUGUGCGCUUCGAUGACUGAGAAGCCUGAGCUGCAGUGGCUAAGGGAGAAGUAUGGCGACCGCCUUGGCCUGCCACUUACCACCUUCAUCAACUCUCCACUUCGCUUCAGCAUUGCUCAUAGACUCCACGGCUUUCAAAUGACUACCGGCUGGCCAACGUCGCCGUCCGAUGUCAGCGAGCGUGUCGAUGCUGAGAACAACAUACUCAUCGAAUCGUGGUAUGUCAACAUUGCUAAGAUGGACAUGGCAGACGAAUACUACGACAUGCUGGACCGCAUUCUUGGAGCGACCCAGAUCAAGACGGCCCGCUACGAUCCAGAUCAUCCGUUCGUAGAUGCCGAUGAGGUGCGCACGUAUGAAGGGGAUGAAGACGUCUUCGCCCGCGAUGAUUAUGUGCUGCCGGACUUCAACGACGAUGUCGUUGAGGUACGUGAGGGUGAGGUCAAUGAGGAAGCGGCUGAUGAGGAAGAUGGCAGCGACGUUGAGGGUGAGGAGGAGGGCGAGGAUGUCGGUGACGAAGAGCAGUGGGCGGUGGGUAACGAUGCUGGAAUGGGCAACGACUUCGCACAAGACGUUGGUGGCACGACGAUUCCGACAUCUUCGCACGCGACGAGCAGCCUUCUGCCGCCUCCAGCCGUGCCCGCCGCGCCGUCGCCGUCCAGCGGUACUGGGGCUGACCAGCGCCCGGCUCCGAAGAGGAUAAGCAUGAGCGAAUACACGGCACGCAAGACGGCGGCGGAAGAGGACGGACAGGCUCAGGCGGCGCAGGAGCACGACAGCUCGCGGUCUUCUGUGGCGGGCCUGUCGGCAGUUGGUGGAGAUGUUGAAAUGCAGGACACUGCGUACGGAGCUGUGCCGCAAGACACGGUGACUGGGUUGCAGCACGGCCAACCGCCUCAGCCGCCGCAACGUCCGGCCGCACCCACCACGCCUGCGACUGGAUCACAGCACGCCCAGCCGCAACCGAUGGAUGAACAUGAUCGGUGGGUUGCACCAGGCGGUUACCGGCCAGUCUCGCCUGUGUUCGGCCCGCAACAACUUGCGUUCUUGACUCGCGAAGCCCGCGAAAUGGUUCAGACCACCUACCCGCAACAGUUUGUCGAGAACGAAGAGGUGACGUUGGGGCUUGCUAAGCUGAUCCACGUCGCGAGGAGUGGUGACCAGUAUGCAUGGAAUGCGGCUUAUGUGGAACUGAUGGAAACUUUGGGGCGUCGUUGA